AUGAGCAGACAUAGUGAAAGUCUUGAACAAGAAGAGUUUGGACCUGAAGCGCAAUAUUUCGAAAACGACGAAAACCAGCCCAAUGCUCCUAAUCUUGGCCAAAUAGUCAAUGAGCUUGACUAUUUACACGAAGUAAGUUAUUUUAAAAAAAUAGCUAAUUAAAAAAACUUUUUUCUUAUUUUUUUCAAGAAAAAAAUGUGGUAUGAAAAAAAGAUCAGCGAAAAUUCAUACGGCGACUUUUUUUCGAUAUCGCUAGGGAACUUUCCGACGGUUUUUUUCCGCCGAAUCUUUUUCCGACUUUUUUUCUCGAUGAAUUUUUUUGUUCUGAAUCUUACCAUGUAAAAGUAGGCAAGUUAAUCAUGAAUAAAAAUACAAAAGAAAUAUGAAAAAAAUGUUGAUAGAUCUUUUAUAAACUAAAAAAAUAUAAGCGAAAAAAAGGUCUGAAAAAAAGAUUUGGCGUAAAGGUGGCUGUCGGAAAGUUUCCUAGCGAUACGAAAAAAAUUGGAAAAGUCGCCGUUCAAAUUUUUCGCUGGUCUUUUUCCAUGCCACCGAUGGUUUUUUUCAUAAAAUUCUGAGCGCCAAAAAUUUAUUUAUUUUUUUAAUUUGAAAAAUUCUUUUGACUUGAAUAUUCAGCCGCUUUUAGUCUUGAGAUAUUCGCAUUUCGUUCAACUGAUUAGGUGCGUCACGUCGUCUAUACGGCAUCGUAUAGUUUUUGAAUUUUCGACUCAGCUGUUCGCGAAAAAAUAAUUCGUUUCAGCGUAUCAGCACUCUUACCGAAAUUGUGGAGGCAAACAAUUCAAAGAAAAUGAAUAAGGUAAUCGAUCGGAAUUAUUUUUGUACAUCGAAACAUUUUCCAGAGAAAUUUCUACAAAACGAAGCAUGAUCUCAAGUUUUUGGAAGAAUAUUGCCGUCAAAACGGUUACAAAACAUUUGAAGUGGAAGUCGUAGGUUCAUCAAGGAAAGUGUCUCUAGCUGAGUAUCUUAUUCACCGCUCGCGUACGGGCACCGGUAUCGGCCAGGCGAGAUGGUAUUAUCAUGCCAUGAAAAUUAUUCUUUCAGCGGUAGUAACACUUUCAUGCUAAAAAAUUUUCAUAAUCAUGUUUAGGUAAUUACUCAGGAUAAUUGGAAAAUUGCUUUUGUGAGCAGUUCCUCGAGUGCUUUCAAACUGGCUCAAAAGAGCGGAGGUGCCAUCGUCAUUCCUAAAAAAACUAUAGACACGAUAAUUGGUUAGUAGUUUUGAAAAAAAAUUCUUUAAAGCUUUAUAGAGAUGCUGUUGAUCACUUCUGACGUAUCAAAAAAAACUGAAGAUCAACGAAGCUAUUUUUGCAAGAACUUAUAUGAGUGCAUGAAAAGAAGUCCUGUAAGUUUUUUUCUUAUAUGUAUCUCUCAUUCUUUAAUGAAGGGCAAACUUUCGACGCGGCAGAAUAG